AUGCUGCAUCUCAAAAGACCGUAUUUUCUCCUUGAAAAACAACAGUGGGAAUUGUUGAUUUUCGAGGGGCACUCUGGCAGAAUUACAAUUUGUAGCGAUGAAGAACUUGAACUCUUUGAAACCAGCGGUGUUUCCGAAUACACCCCCUGGUCCGGCGUGCUCUGCGGUGAUAUACACGACAUCCCGCAGGUUCUCUACAGUUCAAGAUCUACGCUUAUUUUAGAGCUUCACACACAGGGAACUUCGUCUAAUGCGACCGGCUUUUUUGGCAAUUUCCACUUCAUCAACAGACGUGAGUUACUCAACUUAUUCGCAUGA